UACUUUCCGCCAUAUUGUUCCAUAGCAACACAGUAAAUGGUGGACUUCUCUCAAUUUUUGUUGAGGAAGUGAAACACCAUGUAUGACAGAGCUCCUAGAGAUCUGGUGAAGACAUAUGGAUCCACUCCAGGAAAUGUGGGACCAGGGUCAUAUGAUGCUAGUGCCCUGGCCAGAGCUAAACUCAAGGCUGAUGGAUAUGCCCCUUUCUUGUCUAUGACAAGUCGAGAAACAUUCCUAAAUGUUAGUGAUCAGGUUGUUGCAGCCCCUGGACCAGGUCAUUAUGAUCCUCAAAAUGCUCAAGAUUUUGUUCCU